GGAUUGGUGAGGGCGAUAAGAGGGAGUCAGUGUAGUGGCGAGUGGAGGAGGUGGUGUGGAGAGCAAGUCUUUCCUACUCUUUCCCUUCCUGCGGGGUUCCUAGGGACUCUCAGGCAGCGCCCUUCACAGCCAGCACAGGAUGGCAGGACACACGCCGCUGCAGGGGGACCGCGCCGCCUGGUGCCGCGAGAGGCUGGAGUUCUUCAGUGCAGUCAUCAACAACCUGGACAGGGAGAGACUCAAGGUGGAGUUGGAGAACUGCGAGACGGAGGAGGACGCGGCGGGCCUGAUGCACAGCCUGCUGUGGCUGCAGGACAACAUGCAGACACACUACCCGGGCGGUGCCGCAGCCAUCGACCCUCCUGAACCCGACGAGCCGCUGGGGCGCGAGUUCGAGGACGACAUCCCCGAGGAGCACCACCCGCUGUAUGUGGCCGUGGACGACCUGCCCGCCUCGCAGCCCGUCAUGUUUGAUCCUAGGGACUUGAACAUUCCUGUGGACGCCGGAGAGCCGCACACCUUCCUACAAGACGUGGUAUACCUUGGGAACCACGAGCAGCAGCAGCAGCGGCAGGAGGAGGAGGAUGAAGAAGAAGAGUGGGAAGAGCGUGUAGACUUUGAAGACUAUGAAGCUCCGCCUGCGGCAAUGUGUGAGCCUGAGGUCCUUGACGCGGCACGUCCCGAGAACCACACUCACCAACCCCUCCAUAUGGAGGAGGAUGAGGAGGAGGAGGAGGAAGAGCAACAGCAUCAACAAGAAAAACAGCAGGAUGACGAAGACCUGCCGCUGCUUCAGCCUCUCCCCUCUGCGCAGGACAGAGCCUCCCCAGCCAGGCCCCGUCAAUGA